GGAGAAGUAGUCUGAAAUAUACUAAGUUAUGGCACUGGGCUGAACCGGGUUUGAUGACCAGCCGUUCUAAGGUACGAAAACGGUGCGUUUUCAGCUCUUUAAGUAAAACCUGGAAUAUGUGGGGGCGAAGGCACGAGUAAAAGAAGCGGCGAGACAAAAAUGUCGAAAACGCUGGUGCAGCCGAUAGGGCAAAAGCGGCUGACGAACGUCGCCGUCGUGCGUUUGAAGAAACACGGCUUGCGAUUCGAGAUCGCCUGCUACAAAAACAAAGUCCUCUCCUGGCGUUCCCGCGUAGAGAAGGAUUUGGACGAAGUGUUACAGUCCCACACAGUUUACUCAAACGUUUCGAAAGGAGUACUUGCUAAGACCAAAGAUUUGGUUGCUGCUUUUGGGACUGAUGAUCAGACUAACAUUUGUUUAGAGAUUUUGGAGAAAGGGGAGCUACAAAUUGCUGGGAAGGAAAGGGAAUCUCAAUUUUCUAGUCAGUUUCGGGAUAUCGCAACGAUUGUUAUGCAAAAGACUAUCAACCCUGAAACUCAACGCCCUUAUACUAUUAGUAUGAUUGAGAGACUAAUGCACGAAAUUCAUUUUUCUGUUGAUCCCCAUAGUAGCUCCAAGAAGCAGGCACUAGAGGUUAUUCGUGAGCUUCAGAAGAACUUCCCUAUAAAACGGUCUCCCAUGAGAUUACGAAUCACUGUUCCUGGACAAAAUUUUCAUUCUCUGUCUGAGAAGCUCGAUGAAUGGAGUGCUACCGUUGUUUCAAAAGAUGAGUCUGGAAGUCAGCUAUCAAUUAUUUGUGAAAUGGAACCAGGAAUUUUUCGAGAAUGUGAUGCACUUGUGAGGAAUUCACAGGGUAGAUUGGAAAUACUUGCAGUGUCUGUGCAUGCUGAGGGGGAUACCCAGGUCGAUCAUUAUGAUGAUGAAGAUAUAGCGUCACAUUUACCGAAGGAAUCUGCUGAUUCAGCACCAUCAAAUUUACCCCAGAAAUCUAUUGAUUCGGUGCUCCAACUAAGUGAGAAAAUGCAAAAACAGACCAUCUCUUCAGGAAAUGGGGAUGCUGAGGGGGAGGUAAAGCAACACAAGUGCAGCACAUGCAAUCUGUUUGUAGGGGAUUCCAAACAAUACAGGGAUCACUUUAAGAGUGAGUGGCACAAGCAUAAUUUGAAACGCAAAACCAGGCAACUCCCUCCUCUUACUGCAGAAGAGUGCUUAGCUGAUAUGGAAAUGAGUGACUCAACAUCCGAUUUGCAGGAUUAUUCAUUUUGACUUGUGGCUUAAAACUUAUGUGGGCGCAUAUACCUUGUGUUUUUUUGUUUACACUUUUUAGCUGUGUCAAUCAUCUGGACAGGAACUCACCUGUAAAAUUUACUCAUGCAAAGUUUUAGUCAAUUGUAGUGCAAUGCGGUCAGAAAAGUCACCUGUCUCUGGACUUUGUGUAUGUUGGUGCAUUCUUAAAUGAUGUUGGUGGA